AUGUCUGCCAACGGCGACCGAAAAUACGAUAUCGACUCCGAGUCCGACUCGGGCGAGUCCAUUAACAACGCCCCCGGAGAUGGUUCCGACACCAAGCCUCUCAAGUCGGCCCUCAAGAAGGGCAGCCAGCCCGCCCCCGACGAGACGGCCGCGAAGCCGUACCUCCCGCCGCAGACCGACCCCAAAGACCUCGACGUUGCCAGCCUGACCCCCCUAACACCCGAGAUUAUCGCUCGCCAGGCCACCAUCAACAUUGGUACCAUUGGACACGUCGCUCACGGAAAAUCGACGGUAGUCAAGGCCAUCUCAGGCGUCCACACAGUCCGCUUCAAGAACGAGCAGAUCCGCAACAUUACCAUCAAGCUCGGCUAUGCCAACGCCAAGAUCUACAAGUGUGACAACACUGCCUGCCCACGUCCUACCUGCUACCGAAGCUACAAGAGUGACAAGGAGGUUGACCCUGCGUGCGAGCGCGAUGGCUGCGGUGGCACGUACAGACUGCUACGUCACGUUUCGUUCGUUGAUUGCCCAGGUCACGAUAUUCUCAUGAGCACCAUGUUGUCAGGCGCCGCCGUCAUGGACGCUGCGCUGCUUCUGAUUGCUGGCAACGAACCUUGCCCCCAGCCACAGACCUCGGAACAUUUGGCCGCCAUCGAGAUUAUGAAGCUGGACAAGGUCAUCAUCCUGCAGAACAAGGUCGAUCUGAUGAGAGAAGAGGCUGCCCAGCAACAUUACGACUCCAUUCUCAAGUUCAUUCGCGGUACUGUCGCUGGCCAGUCUCCAGUCAUCCCCAUUUCAGCUCAGCUCAAGUUCAACGUUGAUGCAGUCAACGAGGCCAUUGUUAACACUAUUCCUGUCCCCCCCCGUGACUUCAGCAAGCACCCCCAUAUGAUUAUUAUUCGAUCAUUUGACGUCAACAAGCCUGGUGCCGAGAUUGACGAGCUCAAGGGUGGUGUCGCUGGUGGCUCUAUUCUUCAUGGUGUUGUCAAGCUCGGCGACGAGGUUGAAAUUCGCCCCGGUAUCGUGUCCCGCGACCAGAGCGGUGCCAUCAAGUGCACACCCAUCUUCAGCCGUGUCGUUUCGCUCAACUCCGAGUCCAAUGACCUCAAGUACGCCGUCCCUGGUGGUCUGAUCGGUGUUGGUACCCGUAUCGAUCCUACUCUGUGCCGUGCCGAUCGCCUGGUUGGCUUCGUGCUCGGGCUCAAGGGACGCCUGCCGGACAUUUACAGCGAAAUCGAAAUCAACUUUUACCUCCUCCGCCGCCUGCUCGGUGUCAAGACUGCGGAUGGCAAGCAGGCCAAGGUUGCCAAGCUCGCCAAGAACGAAGUUAUCAUGGUCAACAUUGGCUCAACAUCUACUGGUGCCAAGAUUGCUGCCAUCAAGAACGAUGCUGCCAAGCUGAUCCUGACGAACCCCGCAUGCACGAGCAUUGGCGAGAAGGUUGCCCUGUCGCGUCGUAUCGAAAAGCAUUGGCGUCUCAUUGGCUGGGCCACCAUUUCUGCGGGUGUCACCCUGGAGCCUAGCAGCUCCUAA